UCCAACAGUGCCAGUGAGACGAGUUUACAAUGCAGAAUUUGUGCGACAUUGUCAGGCAGUCCAAGGAGGAGGUGAUAGACAACAAAUAGCGGCGUUUCAGUCAAUCUGUGCAGCAAUGCAGAGAGCCAGGUCUGAGGCAAUGCCAGAGAUCCCAGCCACUGUGGAUGAAGUGGAGGUCACAGGCUCAUGGGCCCAAACAUGGGCCGAAGACCUUUUUUUUUGCUACAUGCUGACAAUGAUUGGGGCAUACUGUGUUUGCAACAAAUGAGAAUCUGACCCUGCUGCAACAAUGCAGAACAACUUACAUGGAUGCCACCUUUAGGAGUUGCCCUCGACCAUACAGACAGUGUUUUACCAUAUUGGGAAACCAUCAUGGCUUUGUACUGCCUCUUGUUCAUGUGCUUAUGGAGCACAGAACCAUUGGACACGACAGGCAAGUACUUCAAGCUGUCAAAGUGGCCAUCCGACGAGUAACCCACCACAAUUGGCGCCCUCAACUUGUCGUCUACAACUUUGAAAAUUCCCUGAAGACAGCACUGGAAACGGACUUCCCUCAAGCCAUGGUUGGAGGUUGUUAUUUUCAUUUCAACCAAUCCCUGUGGAGGAAGAUCCAAGAGCUCAGAUUGGCUGUUCCCUACAACCAAGACUGCACUCUUGCUCAGGUCAUCUGCAAACUCAUGACACUGGGUUACCUACCGCUUGCUCUGGUUCAGGUGAACUUUAAAACACUUGUCAAUGGCAGACGCUGUAGACGUCUUGUGAGACACUACGCUGCAAUGGAAGAGUUCAUCACCUACGUGACGAACACAUACAUCCACCCUGGAUCCACCUUUCCACCAGUUAUGUGGAAUGUCCUCGAGAGGGACAUGGACCAAAGAACGAACAACCAUGUCAAAUACGUUUGCGAACCAUGCUCUUCAUGCCUGCUGUGCUGUUACUGGUGCCCCUGGCCAUCGCAGUCAUCUUCACAGUGGUUAGCUUCUUCAUCGUGGGCCUGUCUCUGUACUCGUACCCCUGGAACACUGGGCAAAGCUUCGCUCUCACUCUGACCAGGGUCCCAGUUUACUAUGUCACCGUCUACCGCUUUCGCUUGCCCAAUAGAUGCAGACGCAUCUUCAGUAAGUCAUACCAUCAUGGUUCAUGAUUCUGAUGAUGUCCCUUUGUAAUUAAGACUACCGCCUCUUUCAUAUGAACGCACCGUGGCUGGAUAGGAAAACAUAGAGUUAACUGAACAAGUUUGUGGUACUGAUUAUCCAGACGGUCAAUGUUAGGGUGAGUCAAGCCAGAUAA